CGAAGACCCAGCUUCUUUGCUGAGCGAUCCCCUUGGUCUGGCAACGUCUCUCUAUGCUUGCUCGGCAAGCUUGAGAGCGAUUGGUACGUGUCGCUGGCAACAAUGGCCUACGACGUGCCCAUGCCAGGCUCGCUCAAGCGGAAGCGGCGGAGACGGCUGGACAAGCCGGCCAUCUCUGCCAGACUCUACCUCGACAGCGGCCUGAAAGGGGAGGUCGGAGUCAUCUCGAGCGAUUUGGAGGAGGACCUGUUCCCGGGGGAUGGAACAGAACAGGACGGCCAAGUGAAUAAGCCUUACCAUGCUGCCAUCACGCUGUGGACUCCAAAUGCCUCGCCCUCCGAAUCGAGCUGGACUAUCCUGCCCGUCCGGGGCCAAAACCUCAAGGAGAAGCCUUUGCCUGCUUCCACGAUUCGCUUUCCUGCCGGCGCGCAUGGAACGCAGAGCUUCGUGAGGAUCGUCCAAGCUCUAGCGCCGAACAAAACGUUGCGACAGAACAGUGCGGUGGAGGUCAGAGUCAGCGAUGUAUUACCGAUUCCAUUGGACACCGUGUUCGUCACAGUCGAGACCGAGGCGAUCCAGAAGCUCGAAGAUGUGCAAAAGAGAUAUCGAGGUGGCUUCGCGAACGGUCCUACACAAGCGGCGCGGAAAGCUGGAAAGCGUGCAGUCACCGAAGGGCAAGAAGACGGUUCUUCAGCGGAAGACGCGGAUUCCAAGGCAAAAUUGUUGGUGAACGAGGCUUUGGGCAACGUGCAAAUCGUACACGCCGAAGACUUCUUGCCAUUGGCGCUUGCACACCCCGUCACACAUACACCGGCUCCUCCUGCACGCAUUCUGGCGUGCGAGCCAGUCUCGCAGGGCGUCAUAUCCGAAUCUACCCAGAUUGUGAUCGUACCUUCCUCAGACAAACGAGCCAGCAACUUCGGCAACAAAGCUGUUCUGAGUCCAAGACUUGAUGAAGAGUCAGGCGAUGAGAGCGCAGAAGUCUUCUUCUCUGCCCAGGAGGAGAAUUCACCCGCAAAGCCAAUUGUCAUAUCCAAGUCCACCACCGAUAUGUCGAACUCUGAAGACAUGUUCGAUUCAAGCGCUGAGGAGAGCAAUUUGUCUGACGAUUCUGACGAUAUGAUUUCCCUUGCGAAGCCGGGGCUUGCCGAUGCUCCCUCUGGACUCAGCUCAGCUUUGACUUCUGCCACGCCCCGUCCUUUUGGAGCUCUCAAUCGUGGUAUCAGCACGCCUGGGUCCGUAUUCUCCAACAUGACAGCAACCACAAUCCGAGGUGGUCAAGCUGUGCGAAACAAAGUCUUCCGGGCACAGGCUUUGCUCGAGCGUUUGCCAACGGAGCUGCUCCACCCAAAGCCUACUGCUGACGAAGAUGAUGAGGCAAGAGUGUACGUCGAAGCAACGGCUUUGGCUCGUUUAGGGUGCUUUUCAGGCGACUGGGUCAAAAUCGAGCCUGCGGAAAGCCACAUACUCCCAAGCUUCAGCGCUUUCGGACAAUUGGAUGAUUCUGCAUCGCUUGCCCGUCCUGUCAAAGUGUAUACGCUCCCUGAGAGCCUGUCAAGGAAGCCAGCCCGGUACCAAGUGAACGUCAGGGGUGGGAGGAGAGAUAGCAUCUCUUCACUUGUGACAGCGUCAGCGAACGUUGCUACCAUACACCUCUCACCAAUCCUCUUGGCCAAUUUGGGCGAUCCAACAAACAUCAGCAUGACCACUAUUGCGGCAAACAAACGCGCAACUCUCAAGAGGCCUAUGACGCCGCGACCGCCAUCUACCUCCGCUCGUAUGCCGCCCACGGCAUCCGAGGUCACCCUGCGCAAAGUGGUCACGCCGAUUUCAACAGAACGGUCGCUGAACAACGCUCUGUUUGCGAAUCUCAAACAGUACUUUGAAGAGAGACAGCGCAUCGUCAGGCCAGGUGACUUGCUGGCGGUUCCAAUUGACGAGUCAUUGGGCCGAUCAGUAUAUGAGGGAGAAGUUGAACAGGACGGGAGCAGCACUGGCGCUCUGCUAUCUCACCUUGGACCUCUCAACGACGUUCGGGAUCACGGUGGCAGGAGAAAUGUCGCGUGGUUCACCAUCGAAGGCGUCAGCGUCUCAAAUGCAGAUGAUCAGGAUGCGCAAGAGGCCGACGCUUGGGGCGAUGCAGCAUCAAUUGACCCAUCCAAGAUGACUAUGCGGCAAUCUGGGGAUGAUAGACGCAAGUUGCCGUCAGCAUCGAGCAAUCCAUGGCAAUACUACCUCGGCGUGCGCAAAGUGCAAGCCAAGUCUGCUUCAGCGAACGCAGUCGGUGGUCUCCCUGAAGCUGUGCAGCCUUACAUCUCGCCCCUCCAACGACGUCUUCGAGAGCUGAUGGCGGUGUCAAUAAGUCCUCGCGCCGUUCACCUAGGAAUGCCACCUCUGACAGUGCUUGUCACCUCGACGCAGCGCAACAUCGGCAAGGCCAGCACUAUUGAGCGCGCUUGUGCUGACCUUGGGAUGCACUUCUUUCUGAUCGACGCGCACGAUAUUGUGUCAGAAGGUGGCGCUGGUGUCGACACUCAGGUACAAGGGUUAUUGGAGGCUCGAUGCGAACGGGCGCUCGAUUGUGGAGCAGAUCUCACGGCUAUUUGCGUCUCUCAUCUGGAACAAUUAAGUGGUGACAAGGCAGCUGCGUCUUUGAAGAGCGUCUUGGAGACAGCGCGGGUCCUGGUCGCCACCACGACUGAUAUCGACAAAGUACCAGAUUCUGUGCGUGGCCUCUUCACCCACGAAAUGGAGAUGUCCGCGCCAGAUGAGGGCGAGCGAGAAGGUAUCCUCAGAGAUGUCAUUACUGAAUCUGGUCUGCCAGUCGCGCCCGAGGUAGACUUGUCAUCAAUUGCAGUAAAGACUGCGGCUCUGGUGGCAGGAGAUUUGGUGGAUGUCGUGGACCGCGCGAUCGUUGCUAAGUCGGAGCGUCUCGAGACGUUGGCUCACUCCAAAGGCGGCGCUGUGCAAGCACCCAUCACUAUCAAGGACAUUCAGCUUGCCGGCGGUGCUGCUGCCACCUCAGUCAUUCCUGCUGAUUUUGAGACUGCUGUAGAGCUGGCUCGUAAGAAUUUUGCUGACGCAAUUGGUGCUCCCAAGAUUCCGAACGUCCAGUGGUCAGACGUCGGAGGCCUUACCCAUGUCAAGGAGGCUGUCGUUGAGACUAUUCAGCUGCCAUUGUCCCGGCCUGAGUUAUUUGCCAAAGGUCUCAAGAAACGCAGUGGUAUCCUGUUCUAUGGACCACCGGGUACUGGUAAAACGCUGCUGGCGAAAGCUAUCGCUACGGAAUUCAGCCUCAACUUCUUCUCUGUUAAAGGACCGGAACUGCUCAACAUGUACAUCGGAGAAUCAGAAGCCAACGUGCGACGCGUCUUUCAGAGAGCUCGUGAUGCUCGCCCUUGCUGUGUCUUUUUCGACGAAUUGGACUCUGUUGCUCCAAAGCGUGGCAACCAGGGCGAUAGCGGUGGUGUCAUGGACAGAAUCGUGUCCCAAUUGCUUGCUGAGCUCGACGGCAUGAGCGACGGAGAUGAGGGCGGAGGAGGCGUUUUCGUCAUUGGUGCGACCAACAGACCUGACCUGCUCGACCAAGCGUUGCUGCGUCCCGGACGUUUUGACAAGAUGCUCUAUCUUGGCAUCAGCGAUACUCAUGAGAAGCAGGCCACCAUUCUGCAAGCGCUGACGAGAAAAUUCACGCUUGACCCAUCGGUCUCGCUACCUCGGGUCGCCGAAGCUCUGCCGUUCACGUUCACCGGAGCUGACUUGUAUGCGCUCUGCUCAGACGCGAUGCUCAAAGCGGUCACGCGUUCAGCUCGCGAGGUUGAUCAGCGCGUAAGUGCUGUAAAUGCGGAGAGAGAGACUAGAGGACAAGGCAAAAUCUCCGUCGGCUACUACUUCGACCACUAUGGAACUGACAAGGAUAUCAAUGUCAUGGUCACUGAGGAAGACUUCACCAUGGCUCGCAAGGACCUCGUGCCUAGCGUCAGUCUUGAUGAGCUGCAGCACUACGAGCGCGUGAGAAGCAUGUUCGAGGGCGCUACCAAGAAGCAAGACAAUGCUGCUCAGGAAGCGCCAUCUGCGCCGCCUCAACCUGGACCAAAUGGGACGAGAAAUGCUCGCAGUCAAGCUUUGGAAGCCAUGAAGCGUGCUCAGCGAGGAAAUGGACCGGCCACGAACGGUACUGCUUCAUCGGCUGCACAACACAGCGGCUCGAAUAAUGCUCAACAAGACGACGACGACGACUUUGUCAUCCGCACUGAUCGUUUAACGCUGAACAGUACGAACAAUACUCAUCACAAUAUUGGCAGCCCAACAAAAUCUUCGCCGAGCAAGGGCAAGGGCAAAGGAAAAUCUCGCGAACCUGUUGUGGAUGGCGAGCACCAGCAACGACAAGACCUCCCUGUCAAUGGAAAUGGGAAUGCAGGAGUUGACGAGGAUCUCUAUGAUUGAGCAUGUGAAAGGGGGAAGACGAAGGUUUGAAAUGAAAAGCAAGCUCAAUUAAUUCUUGUACAUUGUUGCAUAUUGUAGACAGAUGAGAGCAGGUUGAAAGUUGCACUCGCAAUUUUGUAUAGCAUGAAAUUCUUAGUCUCAUCAAUGUCUUUGACAAUCUCGCUGCUUUGCUUCCUCGCGCUCUCGCGACUAGGAUCUGUCCGCAAAACGCGAGCGAUCCGCGGAUGCUGACACUGUAUACUGUACCAAAGCACACGCGGCUUGUCUCA